AUGCCAUCAAAACUCUUGCAUUUGUUCUCAAUGUUGACAUGCUUGGGAAAGGAGGGAAGAUAUGCUGAUAUUGAGUCAUCAUACUACAAGAAUCUGAGCAAAUUAUUAGAGGAUCUCAUUGCUUCUUGUGAUGGUACAUCUCAUCCUGUUCAUUGUUACUCUGCGGAUGACCUCAUCAGGGCAUCCAACAACUUCCAUCCUUCUCGCAUUGUACGAAGGGAUUCAAACUACACAAUGUUCAGGGGAUUUCUAAAUGACCGGUCGAUUAUCAUUGCCAAGUACUCCAUUGGGAGCUUGCCCCAUGACUCAUGGGGCAAUGAGGAUGAGUUCCCUGUACCCGCUCUGGUGCUUGAAAAAGCAGCAAAAGGAGUUCUCAAGGUCAAGGGUGAUGGAAGUUUAAGAGGGGAUGGAUCCUUAUUAUUACCAUGGAAAAUUAGACUGUGUAUUGCAAAGCAGCUUGCUAGUGCAGUUACAUAUCUCCAUACCGCCCUUCCCAGUCCCGUAGUUCAUGGGGAUCUAAAACCUGGUUGUAUUUUCUUGGACCACGACUAUGUUCCCAAACUCUCCAACUUCUCACUCUCCAUGAGGUCUGGCCACAUCUCAGAAAAAACUGAUGUGUAUAGUUUUGGUGUGCUUUUACUUGUGUUCUUGAUGGGACGAAGAGCUUGGUGGCUAAUUAUACGGCAGGAAGGAGGGUAUAGUUCAGUUAUUGAUUAUAUGAAGUCACAUGCUUACCAGCAUCAGACAAUUGUGGACCCUAAAAUCUUAGAAGAGGUUGGGGGAAAUAAGCAAGUAGAACAGCAGUUGCAUGAUUUCCUAGAACUGGCAUUGUCAUGCACUCAAGAUGAAAUUGAAGGAAGGCCUUAUAUGAGCAAUGUGGCGAGGGAACUCGUUCGAAUCGACGAUUCGCUUUGCUUUGUGUAUGCCUUUUGUAUGCUCAACCAAUUUCAACGGUUGGGGGAAGGAGGACAAACAGAAGAGACAACGACUGGGAAAAGGGUGAUGAUAUUUUUUAAGAAUAUGAAUGAUGAGUGGUUUAUUGAGAUGCAACUUGGUAUGGUAAAGAUGGCUUUCAGUUUUCCAACUUGGUUCUUCCCGUUGGUUUCACGUUUGAGCAAGAAGGAAAGUGAGAGAUCAUUCUUGGACAAUGGAAGCAUGUUAUUAGAGGAUCUCAUUGCUUCUUGUGAUGUUAAAUCUAAUCCUAUUCGUUGUUACUCUGCUGCUGAGCUCAUGAGGGCUACCAACAACUUCAAUCCUUCUUGCAUUAUUAUGGAAGACGUUUCACCAUGCUACCAAAUGUUCAGGGGUAUUCUAGACGACCGAACAAUUAUCAUUAAGAAGUACAUCACACAGGAAUACAUCAACAAGGAUGAAGCUAGGUCUUAUGCUAUUCCUGAUAUUAUCAUAUCAAUGCAGAUGAGCACCCAUAAGGAUGCUUUGAAAUUAUUAGGUUGCUGCUUAGAGUUUUCUCUCCCAGCCCUGGUGCAUGAAAAUGCAGCAAAGUAG